AUGGCCCACGAUAUCCGGCUAUGGCACCCCGUUGUGCUGGCUAUUUCUUUUUUCUCAACCGCUCAUGCCUUCUACAUACCUGGCUAUUCAAUCCGGAGCUAUCGUGAAAAUGACGCCAUUCCCCUUCUAGUAAAUAAGAUUUUCUCCGACCGUUCCCAACUUCAGUAUGCUUACUUUGACCUUCCAUUCGUCUGUCCUCCAAGCGGCAAGAAGCAUGGAAGUUUUCCGUUUGCCAGUGGCCACAGCAUGUCUCUCAAUCUGGGUGAAGUCUUGCGUGGAGAUCGUAUUCAAACAUCUGAUUUUGAAGUGUCAAUGGGGAAAAACAUUGGUUGCCAAUUUCUUUGUUAUAAAAAGAUUGGCCGCAAAGAUGUAUACCGUGCGAAGAAUCUUAUCUCAGAAGGAUAUGUUGUAGAAUGGAUUCUGGACAAUUUGCCGGGGGCAACGAGCUUUGUUUCGGUAGACAGGUCCAAACGAUAUUAUUCUACAGGUUUCAAACUUGGAUACCAGGACUUUUCGCCUUCUGUCCGGCAGCCCAGAUUCUUCAUCCACAACCACUUUACUUUGGUGAUCCGCUGGCGAGAUGCUCCAGGAAAUGCUGGCCCUCAUAGUGGGAAAGUUAUUGUCGGAUUCGAAAUUUAUCCGAAAAGUAUUGGUGGCGUUGGUCGUUCCGCGAACGGGUGUCCAAAGGAUGUACAUGCGAAGCAAGAGCGCCUAGAGCUGUACAUUGCCCCAAACAAUACUAGACUGGCCGAAAAGUAUCCAGGCUCUUCUUAUUUACCAGAGAACGAUGAUGUCGAUGACGGCGCGUCAAUCACGGUCCCGUACUCAUACUCAGUAUAUUUCCGGAAGGAAGAAAACAUUGGAUGGUCUAAUCGAUGGGACCUGUAUUUUUCGAGUCAUCAAGAGGGUCGAAUUACCCAUUGGCUCGCAAUUCUGAAUGCUCUUACUAUUGCGACAGUACUAGGGUUCGUUGUUUUUGUUAUUUGGGGGAGAACCAUGUCGGAUGGCAAAGGCCGCGGUGAAGGAUAUAUUGAAGAAGGGAAAGUAAAACUGGUAUCACGGACCCCAAGAAGUGGUAGUCGAACUCCUAGAACCCCCAAAAGUGACAAGACACCCUCCAUUAGUCUCCUUGACCACCACACGGAAGAUCGUUACGAUGACCAUUUAUCUGAUGAAGAGAUGGAGGAGGUAGCUUCAUGGAAGCAUUUACAUGGCGAUGUGUUUCGUACUCCAGCAUACAGUGGACUUUUGGCACCUAUAGUUGGCUCAGGAAUGCAGCUCCUCUUCAUGGCAGUUGGCCUUCUAGCAUUAAGUUGCCUUGGGGUCCUGAACCCUAGUUUCAGAGGAGGUUUUUUGAGCGUCGGCAUGGGACUGUUCGUCUUUGCUGGCACUUUCUCUGGUUAUUUUUCAGGAAGGCUCUAUAGGACCUUCGGAGGGAAGAAUUGGCAUAAAAACACCAUAGUUACUGCACUGCUUUUUCCGGGGCUGUUCUUUGCCUUAAUUUUCGUUCUCAACCUAUUUGUCUGGGCCCAGGCGUCCAGCACAGCUAUCCCAUUUGGGACAUUGAUAGCAAUUAUUGCCCUCUGGCUUUUGAUUCAACUUCCUCUCGUUUAUUUUAGUGGCUGGUACGGUUAUGAAAAAACAACUCCUUGGGAUCAUCCCACUCGCACGAGUUCAAUCUCUCGACAAAUCCCACCCCAGUCGUGGUAUUUGACGUCCAUCCAAGGCACACUUUUGACCGGACUUCCACCUUUCGCAGUUCUUUUUGUGGAAUUGCUUUUUGUCUUUCACAAUCUACUUCAAGAUAAGAGCGGCUACUAUUAUGUGUUUGGGUACUUGAGCGCGAUCUGCAUUAUCUUGAUUAUAACUGUCAGCGAAGUGACAAUCAUCGCUACGUAUAGUCAACUUUGCGCAGAGAACCAUCGAUGGUGGUGGCAGAGCUUUAUUAUUGGAGGUAGCAGUGCUUUAUGGGUAUUCAUUUCCUUUCUGGGCUGUGCUGUCUACGGCUUACUAACCGGAACGGUGGGAUUUCUUACCGCUUAUGCUUUUGUCCGUCGAAUAUAUAGCUCUGUUAAGACAGACUAG